GUUCCCCUCUCUAUGACCUCAGUUAAUAGUUCUGAAUAGGAAUCGUCCUAAUUCGUGAUGGAAAGUACCAUUAGACUCUCGCUCCAGUGCUACGUGGCUAAUACUAGAACGAAUGUUACUCGCGGUCGAUCAAGCCUCUUCUUGUGGUCAAAAUACGUAUUUACCUGAGAAUUAACGUGAACAUUUUUCCUCGACGAAAUCGUACGUCAUCAAGACGAGUAGCACUCGCGAAUCGUUCAACCGCGUUAUCAAAUGCCGUGUAAAAAUUAAAUUCCAUGAAACGACAAAGCACUCGUCAUAAAUCACAGGUUCUUAUCUUAAAAAUAGAUAUCUAAACAUCUAAAGAAUAUGCUAAGUCAAGCUUAGUAAGAUAAGCUAUAUAAACUGCAGCAGUCUUGUCACUCGAUUAUUCUUAUUGUUUCGCCGUUGCACGCACCUGUUACGUCCAUUAAUUUAAUGGAAAAUACACGUUGCCGACAAUAAGUGCAUACAGCAGUGUAAACGUCAGAACUUCUGCGCUAACGUGAACUGUGUAAACAUUAUAUUGAAUCUGAAAAAUAUCCAAAAACUUCAGUUGAUAUUCAACAAAUAAAGCUUGAAAGAAGAAAUUAUGAGUCAAAAGAAUCGAGUCGACUUGAGUGAGAUAAAUGUCAAGUUUACUGAACAAGUGCUAACUGACAUUCUCUGCAAGGCUUACAAUGGGACGGAAAUAAAAUUGACAGAUUGGAAUUUUGGCGAGGGAUUCGCCAAAGGUGACAGUUACUUGUCAACCGUUAACAAAGGCAAGGUGUACGGUAUUACGCAAGACGAUUCGAAGCAGCAGGUGCGAGUUAACUUUGUCAUAAAGUCGAUUCCAAAGAAUGUCGGUAGAAGAAAAACCUUUAGAAGUGCAGAAUUCUUUCGCAAUGAAAUAAUAUUCUACACGAAGGUUGUGCCAAAGUUUGAAAACUUCUUAGCUCAGCGAGGACAGGCCAGGCUAUUGUGCAUACCGCGUUAUCUGGCGUCUUACAUGGACGGCGAGAAUGACUUCAUAGUCUUGGAGGAUGCCUCUUGCUUAGGAUUUGGACCUGCGUCUAGACAGAGCUGCAUAGACUUGGCAGAAUGUGCGAUGACGGUAAAAACCUUGGCACAUUUUCAUGCAAUUUCACUCGCGUACAGGGAUCAAGAGAAAACGGAGUUUGCUGAAAUCGCAAGCUGUUUAGAAGAAACCUACUUUACUAGGCAGCACUGGAGCUGGUAUGAAAAAUUACAUGAACGGUGCGUGAACAUAGCAAAACACGCAUUGGCUAACGAGUAUCCUGGCAGCGAAGCUGAGAGGCGAUUCAAUUCCUAUGAAUUCGGUGCUCUGUUCCACAAGACCAGAGAAUUAUGUGAAAGAAGAGACGCUCCCACAUCCGUCGUGUCCGAAGGCGAUUGUUGGGCACCAAACUUUUUAAUUCGUGACGUCGGGCAAGAUCAGAAAGAAGUAUUGAUGCUCGAUUUCCAACUCGCGCGUUGCGUCAGUCCCGUCUGUGAUCUGUCGUUCCUGCUUUAUUCUUGCACCCUCAAGUCAUUCCGUGAUCAGCAUUUUGAUAACAUACUGAGGCUCUACCACUCCGAAUUGAGCGACGCUAUUAAAUUACUCGGAUCUGAUCCGGAGAGACUUUAUCCGUUGGAUUUGUUCAUGAAAGAGGUAAAGGAUCACUUCAUUUUUGGACUAGUAUUUUCGCUCGAGGCUAUUCCAUUUGCGCUGCUAGAUCCAUCCCAGUCGUUCGAUUUAGAUGUUAUUAUCAAGGGCGACGAGGCGAUGAAUGUCGGUGACGUGAUGGCAGUUUCCAACAUUACAACGUCGAGUGGAAGACGAAGAUUAGCAGAUGUAAUAGCUCACGCUGUCGAUAAUGGAUAUAUAUAAUGCAAAUUGUGCAUUUCUUGUAUGUAUGUGCAAUUCUUAUGCGUCCUUAAAUAGAAGUAUAGCACAAAUACGUCGUCUCAACAAAAUAAUGGUACAUUAUUGAAAAA